AUGAACGCACCGCCAUACCAGCACGAGCAGUUUCUGGCGAUAUACCUCUUCCACGAGAUAAAGUGGCCCUUCAUGUCAGAAGAUGUGGUAACGUACGUGAGAGGAUGCGCAGCUUGUCAGCGGCACAAGCGCCCCAAACAUCCGGACAAGGCGGAGCUCCAGAAGACAGAUAUACCCGCAGCACCUUUGGCACGGAUACAGGUUGAUUUCGUUGCCCCAUUUCAGCCGUCUGUGCCGGAUCAGUUUCGCUAUAUCUUGGGCGUACAAGAUGUAUUAACGCGAUACGCGAUACGUAUCCCUACAGCAGACGCCACGGCAGAGACGGCAGCGAAGGCCCUACUAGAGCAUUGGGUUAUGGUGUUCGACAUUCCGGUGACCAUCCAGAGCGACCGGGGCUCACACUUCACAGGAACGAUGUUUUGGGAAAUGUGCUCAGCCAUAGGCAUUCGGCAGGCAUUGAGCAGCCCGAACCAUGCCCAGUCUAAUGGUCAGGUCGAACGACAGAAUCAACUGAUCGAUAAUGUACGCUGUGUGUGUGAUAACAACCCAGCGGCAUGGCCAGAGGCAGUGCAUUCCGUACAGUAUGCGCACAACACAUCAAAGAAUGCUACUACCGGCUGCUGUCCAUACGAACUCCUGUUCCAUCAGCACCCCAACAGACCAGAACAGUUUGCAGUACCACAACCAACAGGACAGCGACCAUCACGUGCGGUGGAACGAAUGGACAGAGUUUUCCGACGGGUGAAGCGCCGGAUAAGCGAUGCUCAGGAUGCCAGGAGGGUGAGAGUUGGCGGGAAGGCGAGGUGUGGAUAUGCUGUUGGUGAUACCGUGAGAAUCAAGCUCCAACCUGCACAGCGCACGAAAGGAAAGCUUCACGCACACAAGUCCGAAUUGUAUACAGUUGUGCACAGGACUCGCAAUACCUACCUGGUGAAGCCUUGCGGACCCAAUGCCCUUACUCGCACGCUACAGCGACACUACAAUGAGCUAGAGGCCGCACCCCCUCAGCGGUUGAGCUGGGAGCACAGUAGCAGCACCUACGGAACGGGGACGGAGGGGGAGCUUGACGUUUCUCCAAGUGCAGCUGCCCAGGAGACUACCCCGAUUCGCAAGAGUGGAAGAGUUAGACGGCCAACCAAGUUUUUGGCAGUAAACCCCCGGCGGGUCCGUUAUGGAUCAAGCUCGGCCUGUAGUGGUGCCGAAGCGGAUGCGUCGGACGAUGACGAGAGUGCGGGGGAGGUCUGA